ACUAUCACUAAUCGUAAUCGUUCAAUUCAACCCCGCCGAUUGCAGAUUUAUUUUAAUUGCAUGGUAUUUAAUUAAUGUAAUUUUACAAUUUGAAUUUACCUUAUUUCUUUCUGGCGAAUGCUAUAAAUUCUGCUGCCCCACUGUAGCCCUUCUGGCAUAAAAGUAUUAAGUAUAUGAAACUAGAAGAUGUCUACCAAGAAUGACGAAAAUGCAUUGCGAUAUAGGAGAGCUCAAAGUGUAACAACAGCUGAAGAAAUUACAGAAAAAGAGAAGAAAGCUCGCAAGUCUCAGUUAGAUAAACCAAUACAUAAACCUCGGGAUUCAUUAUUUUCAUGGAGCUCAGAAUUUACAAACUUUACUGGAUUAGUAAACUGGGGCUUCCUUAUGCUGACAGUCGGAGGACUUCGCUUGUGCCUUGAAAAUUUCAUAAAAUAUGGAAUCCGCGUGAAUCCUUUUGAAUGGAUUAUUGUAUUAACUGGCUACGACAAAGGAGACAACCAGCAGUACCCCUCUGUUAUAUUACUGACUUUUAGUGUGGUGCCUGCAGUUGUCUGUUUAUUAAUUGAAAAGGCUAUAGCUGUGGAUAUCAUAACACCAAAAACUGGCAUUGGCCUCCAAGUGUUCAAUAUAGUAGCGGAGAUAAGUCUUCCAGUGAUAGUAUUGUAUUUUAAAGGACCAGAAUUCAGUUUUGUGGGAAAAACAACCGUAUGCAUGAUAUAUUUGGUGCUAUUCUUAAAAUUGUGGAGUUACGUUCAAACUAACCAUUGGUGCAGACAGGGGAAGAAAACACAACAAUAUAAAAACACUUUACGUCGACAAAGUUUAUCAGAGCCUAAUUGGAAUAACCUAGUUAACGCGGAACAAGAGAAGCCCUUAGAAGACGAGAAAGCAGAUGGGAAAUCCGGUUUGGUGAAAUACCCUGAUAAUUUGAACCUCAAAGACCUUUUCUACUUCAUUUUGGCACCCACCCUUUGCUACGAAUUGAAUUUCCCGCGCACGACACGUAUCAGGAAGAGGUUCUUAAUAAAGAGGAUUAUUGAAGUUGUUUUUGGCGUGAACUUAGUCCUUGCACUGUUCCAACAAUGGAUGAUCCCAUCCGUCACAAAUGCGGUGGAUCCGUUCUCACAGAUGAGUGUCAUCAAGAUAACUGAACGACUACUAAAACUUGCCGUGCCAAAUCACUUGAUUUGGCUGUGUUUUUUCUACCUCAGCUUCCACUCAUUCCUCAACCUAAUGGGCGAGUUGUUGCACUUCGCGGACCGCAACUUCUACAAUGAUUGGUGGAACGCGAACAACAUCGCCGAGUUCUGGAGCUCGUGGAACAUGCCAGUGCACGUGUGGGCUGUGCGCCACGUGUACAUCCCCAUCACGGGGCUGGGCUUCAGCAAGGCCGCGGCUAGCAUUGUGGUCUUCUUUAUAUCCGCCUUCUUCCACGAAUACUUGGUAAGCGUACCGCUGCAUAUGUUCCGCAUAUGGGCAUUCCUCGGUAUGAUGGCUCAGCCGCCGCUGUCGGUGAUCUCCAAGCUGGUGCAGGCGCGGCUGGGCGCGCGCUGGGGCAACAUCCUCGUGUGGAGCUCGCUCAUCCUCGGCCAGCCGCUCGCCAUCAUGAUGUACUAUCACGAUUACGCAAUCUUGCAUUUCACGCCCAAGCAAUAAUGCAUUGGCAUCACGAACAAAAGAGCUCUUGAACCUGCGCAGUGAGUGAUUUUUCGAUCUACUUGGUGGUAUGAGCCUCGCGAUUAGUUCACCCGUCAACCUAUCGUUUUGUCGUCAACCAAAGAGCAGUCCAGGGUGCUUAAUAUAACAUUCUGUAUAUCACUAACAUUGAUAAAAUUCUAGCAUCGAAAACACAAUAACAUCAGAGUAAAAUGACCCUAAAAUUUCCUUAAUUUUGAAGUGAAUAAUUCAGUAUCAUCGAUUGUUAUUUCGAAACGUUUCCGUUUGUCGCUCCUGUUAUAGAUGUUUGGACGAAUUUGAGCGUUAAAAAAAGGCAAGUAAGGCUUAUUUUACUGUAAAGCAGUGUUUUGAUGCUCGAAUUCUAUCAACGUGGUUGAGAUGUAAAAACUAAAAUCUCAUACAGAGCUCUUUACUUAAAAACAACUGUAGCAUUUAUUUUAUCGGUUUCUAUUCUAUGGCAUGAUAGCAAAUAAUAUAUAAAUAGGGGUAACAUUAAAUAAAAUGCACUUGCAAACGGUUUUUAUAGUUUUUGAAAAUGGGAAAUGAAUAAUUUUAAAGCUAGUAUUACGCUUUUAAGGUUAUCUUAUCUUACUAAUCGAGACUGAAAUAACCUCAAAAGCGUAGUAUAACCAUAAUACCAUAUAACCAUGUUAAUAUACGUAUUAUAGAGAAAAUUGUCGUCUACGCGAGAAUUCUAUAUUUUCCUGUAUUUUGGAUUUGUUGCAUUUUAAAAUUGGCUACUAAUAUAAUAUCUUGUCUUCCUAACUUAAUUUUAGAUAAGUAUAAUCGGAUGGUAUUUGAAUUCCAAAGAGAUUACAUGACAAAUAUAUGUGGCCAUAAUUUGUUUAUACCUUAAUACUUUUUUUAAGUAAAAGUAAAGGUGUCGUUUUUUAUGAUGAUGAUUAUUAUUAUUACAGUAGUGAAUUAAAAAAAGUUGUCAUCUGUUAUUUUUUACUUAGGUUUAAGAAUUUAAUGUUAUUUAAAUGUUUACAAACUUUGAGG